GGUCAGUUUCUGGUCACAUGAUUCUCUUCUCGGGCUACAAACAAAGGGAAGCCAGCAACAAGUUAAGCUGAAGACGGAAGCAAGAGCUGAUUCAGGUGGCAGCCACAGCAGCCUCAGGGACCUCAGCGACCAUGGCCUCCUGCCCAGACUCUGAUAAUAGCUGGGUGCUUGCUGGCUCUGAGAGCCUGCCAGUGGAGACACUGGGCCCGGCAUCCAGGAUGGACCCAGAAUCUGAGAGAGCCCUGCAGGCCCCUCACAGCCCCUCCAAGGCAGAUGGGGAAGAAUUAGCUGGGACCAUGGAUGGAGAAGGGACACUCUUCCAAACUGAAAGCCCUCAGUCUGGCAGCAUUCUAACAGAGGAGACUGAGGUCAAGGGCACCCUGGAAGGUGAUGUUUGUGGUGUGGAGCCUCCUGGCCCAGGAAACACAGUAGUCCAGGGAGACCUGCAGGAGACCACCGUGGUGACAGGCCUGGGACCAGACACACAGGACCUGGAAGGCCAGAGCCCUCCACAGAGCCUGCCUUCAACCCCCAAAACAGCUUGGAUCAGGGAGGAGGGCCGCUGCUCUAGCAGUGAGGAUGACACCGAUGUGGACAUGGAGGGUCUGCGGAGACGGCGGGGCCGGGAGGCCGGCCCACCUCAGCCCGUGGCGCCCCUGCCUGUGGAGAACCAGGCUGGGGGUGAGGGUGCAGGCGGGGAGCUGGGCAUCUCCCUCAACAUGUGCCUCCUUGGGGCCCUGGUUCUGCUUGGCCUGGGGGUCCUCCUCUUCUCGGGUGGCCUCUCAGAGUCUGAGACUGGGCCCAUGGAGGAAGUAGAGCGGCAGGUCCUCCCAGACCCCGAGCUGCUGGAUGCUGUGGGGGACAGGCAGGAUGGGCUAAGGGAACAGCUGCAGGCCUCAGUGCCUCCUGACAGUGUCCCCAGCCUGCAAAACAUGGGUCUUCUGCUGGACAAGCUGGCCAAGGAGAACCAGGACAUCCGGCUGCUGCAGGCCCAGCUGCAGGCCCAAAAGGAAGAGCUUCAGAGCCUGAUGCACCAGCCCAAAGGGCUAGAGGAGGAGAAUGCCCAGCUCCGGGGGGCUCUGCAGCAGGGCGAAGCCUUCCAGCAGGCUCUGGAGUCAGAGCUGCAGCAGCUGCGGGCCCGGCUCCAGGGGCUGGAGGCCGACUGUGUCCGGGGCACAGAUGGGGUGUGCCUCAGUGGGGUUAGAGGCCCACAGGGUGACAAGGCCAUCAGGGAGCAAGGCCUCAGGGAGCAGGAGCCAGAACUCAGCUUCCUGAAGCAGAAGAAACAGCUGGAGGCUGAGGCACAGGCAUUAAGGCAAGAGUUAGAGAGGCAGCGACGGCUACUGGGGUCUGUACAGCAGGAUCUGGAGAGGAGCUUGCAGGAUGCCGGCCGCGGGGACCCAGCUCAUGCUGGCUUGGCUGAGCUGGGCCACAGAUUGGCCCAGAAACUGCAGGGCCUGGAGAACUGGGGCCAGGACCCUGGGGUCUCUGCCAAUGCCUCAGAGGCCUGGCACCAGAAGCCCCACUUCCAGAAUUCUAGGGAGUGGAGUGGAAAGGAAAAGUGGUGGAAUGGGCAGAGGGACCGGAAGGCUGAGCACUGGAAGCAUAAGAAGGAAGAAUCUGGCCGGGAACGGAAGAAGAAUUGGGGAGGUCAGGAGGACAGGGAGCCGGCAGGAAGGUGGAAGGAGGGCAGGCCAAGGGUGGAGGAGUCGGGGAGCAAGAAGGAGGGCAAGCGACAGGGCCUGAAGGAACCCCCAAGGAAAAGUGGUAGCUUCCACUCCUCUGGAGAAAAGCAGAAGCAACCUCGGUGGAAGGAAGGGGCUAAGGACAGCCAUGACCCCCUGCCAUCCUGGGCAGAGCUGUUGAGGCCCAAGUACCGGGCACCCCAUGGCUGCUCAGGUGUGGACGAGUGUGCCCGGCAGGAGGGCCUGACUUUCUUUGGCACAGAGCUAGCCCCAGUGCGGCAACAGGAGCUGGCCUCUCUGCUAAGAACAUACCUGGCACGGCUGCCCUGGGCUGGGCAGCUGACCAAGGAGCUACCCCUCUCACCUGCUUUCUUUGGUGAGGAUGGCAUCUUCCGUCAUGACCGCCUCCGCUUCCGGGAUUUUGUGGAUGCCCUGGAGGACAGCUUGGAGGAGGUGGCUGUGCAACAGACAGGUGAUGAUGAUGAAGUAGAUGACUUUGAGGACUUCAUCUUCAGCCACUUCUUUGGAGACAAAGCACUGAAGAAGAGGUCAGGGAAGAAGGACAAGCACUCGCAGAGCCCAAGAGCUGUGGGGCCCAGGGAGGGGCACAGCCAUAGCCGCCACCACCACCACCACCACCACCGGGGCUGACGCCCUGCCCCACAGGGAAUGGCCUUGGCCUUGCCCAGCCCAAGAUGCCAGCAUUAUCUAACUCCUGGAGGGUGGACUCUGUCCUGGCUUGUUUGGUGUCCUCGGAUAUCUUUCACACAGUAGAGCAAAAUCACCAGCCCUGCACUGAUGUCACUUUAUCUAGAAAAAGGCCUCAGCUGGACCUGCGUUGCCAUCUAUGCAAAUGCAUGCAAAUACUCCAGGCCCUGGGAUGUGGGCUUGUGGGGUGGGGUGUGGGGAAGGCAAUCUGAUUCUAAAGCUAAAGAGCUUUCAUCCUCUUGCAUGUAUGUCCCCAGAGUAGGCCCCUUGACCCACAUGCUGACCGGCGCCUUGGGAUUUGACUAGAGUUGCUGGCUCGAGGCCCAGCACGAGGACUUUCCCUGGGGUUUUGUUAGGUUUGGAAGCAGCUGUCCCUAGGGGGUGAAGUCCCCCUUUUUUUUUUACCCCUGCUUCUCCCACGGCCUCAGCUCCCCAUGUGAACUGUAGACUCAGAUCCCAAUAAAGCGCUGUUGCAGCUAGGAUGCUGGGUGGUUUCUAAGCACAGGGGACACCCCACACCCCCUGCCUGAAUGGAUGGGUCCAUCCCAGGCACUGGUACUUGCCCCCUUGUUCUGUAUCCCCCUUUGCCCUUGCCUUGCCCUUCCAACAAACCCUAGGCCCUUGAGAAGCUGAUACUUCUCCUUUUGCUCACAGCUGCCUCUGCCCCACCCCUGGGAGAUGUAGCAAAUUGAGUGUGGGUUUUGGAGUCCGAGCCUCGGGCUCAAAUCCAGGCUAAGUGAUCUUGAGCAAGUUAAUCUUUGGGAACUUUGGGUUUCUUAUCCUCAAAAAAGGCGAUGGAAGGGCUGGGGAAGUGAUUAAAUAAAGCAAUGCAAGAAAAAUGC